AUGAAGCAGGCGAACCUCCCUGAGGAGAAUGGCUUCAGUGAGGCAAUGGCCACUGGCCAGCACAAUCUCACACCCAGCAACUGCGGGAAGAAACGCCACUGGCUUCAGCGCUUGGUCCCAGAUACCUUCUGGGAAGAUGCAAAGAAGCUGCUGGUGCUGGCGGGGCCGCUGAUCCUGAUCCAGCUGCUGAUCUUCCUGAUACACCUUGUCAGCUCCAUAUUCUGUGGCCACCUGGGCAAGGUCGAGCUGGCCUCCGUCACGCUGGCCAUCGCUGUUAUAAAUGUUACUGCCAUCUCUGUAGGUUACGGUUUGUCUUCGGCAUGUGACACCUUGAUAUCACAGACUUACGGCAGCAAGAACCUGCUGCGUGUGGGGGUGAUCCUGCAGCGUGCCACCCUCAUCGUCCUGCUCUGCUGCUUCCCCUGCUGUGCCAUCCUCAUCAACAUCGAGCAGCUCCUGCUCCUCGUCCGCCAGGACCCUGAGGUCUCCAGGUUAACCCAACGCUACGUGAUGGCAUUUGUCCCUGCUCUCCCGGCGGUUUUUCUGUAUAACCUGGAGACAAGAUACCUGCAGAACCAGAUGAUCAUGUGGCCGCUGGUGCUGAGCGGGCUCUUCGGCAACAUCAUCAACGUGAUCGCAAACUGCAUCUUCCUCUAUGUUUUCCACUUGGGCAUCACGGGCUCUGCCUGGGCCAACACCGUUGCUCAAUAUUCACAAACCAUUUUCUUGUUCCUGUAUAUUAUAGGCAAGAAACUCCACGUGAAGACCUGGGGAGGCUGGUCCAGUGAGUGCCUGCUGGAGUGGGACAGUUUCACCUCCCUGGCUGUCCCCAGCAUGCUCAUGAUAUGCAUUGAGUGGUGGACCUAUGAAAUCGGGAGCUUCUUGAUAGGCCUGCUGAGCGUCAUAGAGCUCUCCGUCCAGUCCAUCAUCUACGAAGUGUCCGUUGUCGCUUUCAUGAUCCCCCUGGGGCUCGGCACGGCCGCCGGCGUGCAGGUGGGGAACGCGCUGGGUGCCGGCGACGCCGAAACAGCCAAGAGAUCCUCCACCACCAGCCUGCUCUGCACAGGAGGAUUUUGCAUAGCCAUGGGGGUUAUUUUAGCUGCCACGAAGGAUGUGCUGGGAUACAUCUUCACCAGCGACAAGGAGAUUGUUGACUUGGUGGCCUGGGUCAUACCUGUCUACGUUGUCUUCCACUUGUUUGAAGCUGUGUGUGGUGCCUGCAGUGGGGUGCUCAGAGGCAUAGGCAAGCAGAAAUUUGGUGCCAUCCUCAACGCCGUGAGCUACUACGGUGUGGGCCUGCCCCUGGGAGCCGUGCUGCUCUUCGUGGCCAGGAUUGGCGUCAUAGGUCUGUGGCUAAGCAUGCUCAUCUGUGUCUCCAUCCUCUGCACCUGCUUCAUCGUCUACAUCUCCCGCAUGGACUGGAGGAAGGCAGCUGAGGAGGCUCAGCGCCGCGCAGGAGUGACCCAGCCACCGCCGGAGGAGCCGAACUCAGGCCCUGAACCCUCCUGCAAGGCACUUCCCUCUGAUGUGGGGCCAGCCCCACCGCCCCCCACUUAUCCCCCCGGUGUGGCAGUGCGGGGGUGCGUAGCGGGAGUGGAUGCACACAACAGCGUCGUGCUCACGGGCAUCACCAGGAUGGAAGGACCCACGUACCGGGUGGAGCCCCAAGAAGACAUGCCUGCCACGUCUCCUCCGGCCACCACCAUGGCCACCAAGGAGCUGAUCAUCCGGCGUGGGCUGGCGGUGGCCGCGGCCAUUGCAAUACUUGCACUCGGUAUUGUCAUAAAGCUGAUGACCGGCAAACACUGA